AUGGAUUCCAUGAGAUCUCUCAACACUUCACUUCCCUCUACUCGACCUGCACCUCCCGAACAACUUCUCCAAGCUUUCCGAAACGCCGCUCUCUCGGUGACAAAUCUAUACAAGAGUGCUGUGACAGACCAGGGAUCUGCUCGACAGGCCGGAUACCAGGAAGCUCUUGAAGAUCUAUUAAGCUUUCUAGAUCGGGAAAACCUGGGUCUGCAGGAUGGUGAAGGUUGGAGAGUAAGACAAUGGGCUACCGAACGAUAUGACGGAAGCGCCUCUCACCAACAGGGCGCCGAGGACGAUGACGACCGGAGUGAUAUUGAGCCCAGACAUCGAAGUGUUUCCCCAGCCAAAGAAGAGGCACCCGCACCUUUAAUACCCACUCGGACCGAAGCACCCAAAGUUGAACAUUCCACUCAGACGGAAGAGCCCUCGCCUGCAAGGGGCUCGGAACAAACAUCUACCCCUGUCUUUCAUUUUACUGGUGCCACGUCCUCCAAUGAAUCUGACAAUAUGCAAACCGACGAGAAUGUACAAGGCGUCGAACAUGGAGCAGAUAACACACCGUCUAGUUCCUCCGGUCCCGCUAUUCGAUUAGAGCUUCUGAACAACUACGGCAGUCGUGCACCUCACCGACACGGCAGUCAGCGGAACGCUAAUCGACCCAACAAUCGAGAGUUCACCUUCACAUCAGGGACCAAGCGUAAAUUACAGUUUCCCGAUUUUUUUGACAUUUCCAACAUCGGACCCAGGGACGGGUUUGGUGGCGGUGCUGGCACCGGCAGCAACAAACGAGGUCGACUUUCAUGA